AAUUCUAACAUUUGGCAAAUGAUGACGCCUCCCUCCACCCCGAGGUGGGGGUGGGGGGUAUGGCCGGCGUAUACUGUAUAUAUAUCUUGGCUCAGGUGUGACUCCGGCAGACUCUUCCCACCGGCAGCUGUACCCGUGCUUCACCAACACUUUAAUAAACUAUGGGUGACGUGGAAAAAGGCAAGAAAAUCUUCGUGCAGAGGUGCGCGCAGUGUCACACUGUUGAAGCAGACGGCAAGCACAAGACUGGACCCAACCUCAGCGGCCUCUUCGGCCGCCAGACUGGUCAGGCUCCUGGCUAUCCUUACACUGAUGCCAACAAGGCCAAGGGCAUCACGUGGGAUAAAGAGAAUCUGGAUAUCUACUUGACCAACCCCAAGAAGUUUAUUCCAGGCACAAAGAUGGUGUUCGCCGGUCUUAAGAAGAAGAAUGAGCGUGCAGACUUGAUUGCUUACCUGGAAGCCUCCACCAAGUAGAGCAAGCGACUUGUGAUCUCACCACUUCAAAGACUAACUUCACGUAGCCUAGGACCAAAGGCCACUGUCCGCUCAGCCAUCAACCGAGGCAAGGAGUACGGGGGUUAUGCUAGGACGGGGAACUUUGUCUCACCCACUCAUGCUCCACUGUCCCAUUCAUCCUGAACGUUUAAUCGUCAUAAUUCAGACAUAUUUUAUCCAGGUAAAGGUCUUCCUAUGCCUGGAGGGCUCAGGCAAGUAAUGCAGGUGUGGUAGGAGCUAAUCAUGUGAUGGGUGAGGACGAUAGGCCCUCAUUCUGCUAUUCAUCAUUUGUAUAAAUCAUUAUAUCAUCCUGCUAUCAUUGCUCAUCCGGAUGGGCACUUAACUUACACAGCAAAAUAAAUAAUAUUUAGU